CUUCUCACUUCACUCCUACCACUUGUACACGACUACACUCAAUAACUAUCACAAUCACAAGCAGUAGAAUCUAACAAGAUGGCUCGUUCGUCCCGUGGUUCUUCCCGUCCAGCCUCUCGACCAUCCGGUCCAACAACUCAACAACGCGGUACACACACUGCCGCUUACCCAAAUCAUCCACCUGCUCAAGUCCCAGCUCAAGCUCAAGCACAAUCACAAGGUCGUCAACCUGGUUUACUAGCUCAAGCGGCUUCAACUAUGGGUGGCGCUGUAGCUGGUUCGGUUGUAGGACAUGGUAUCAGUAACAUGUUAUUCGGUGGAAGAAAUCAUGAAGUUGCUCCUCCUCCUCCUGCUGAAUAUGCCGAACAGGUCAGACAGAGUACUGGGAAUUGUGAUAUUGCUGCUAAGGACUUCACCAAAUGCCUAGAAGCUACUAAUGGCGAUAUGGGUUCUUGCGGAUAUUACCUCGAAGCAUUGAAAGCGUGUCAAGCCGCUGCUAAGCAAUACUAACUCACAUCUUUGUCUCUUCUAGCAAAUCAAUUCGAAAUAUCGAGAGAAAAAAUGAAAUAUCCAUAGUUGAUAAAAUGCAUGUCAUGCGCACCUCUC